CGGUUGCUGCGCGACCCCGGCCGGGGCGUUCCAGAGUCGCUGCGGAGCGGCCGGUCCCGCCCCGCCGAGCCGUUUGCCCCGGAGCCAGGCCCCUGCCGGCAGGGCCAGGCAGCAUGACCGACACGGAGCUGGAAGAGGGCGGAGCCACCCUGGAGCUCGAGGAUGAGAAUGGCACCAAAUCCGAUCUGGAGACAGCGGAGCCGCCAUCCUGUCCUGGGACUGCAGGCACCCGAGCAAAGGACCAUUGUGAUUCCCUAUUGGACUCCAUCGACGCUCAGCUCAGCCAGCUGCAGUGGCAGGGCCCUGGUGCAGGAGUCGCAGGUGGUCGCACGAAUGGGGACACCUCCCUGGAAUGCUCCCCUAACGCCUCCUGGACUGCAGAGAUGGAAGGAUGCUGUGCGAACCAGGAUGGCACCUCCUGGGGCGAAGCUGGCCCCUCUCGGAAGGAGGAGUACAGCUGGAGGCUGCUGCAUCUCCUUGGCUCUGAGCAAGCCCCGGAGAACCUGGGGGACCAGAGCGACUCGAAUUCCAUCUGCACGGAGGACUUUGCUGCCAGGUUUAGGGACGGCAUGGUCGAGCCCUUGGUGAAUUCCGAUGGGGAAGGGGAUGUGCCAGCUGGGGGGUUCCCAGCUGGAGACUCUGCUGAGGAAGGGAGCGUCCCGGGAGUCAAAGCCAGGAGCACUGGUCUCUCCCCCGCCGCGGAGACGUGUGAGGCUGUGGCAGAGGGGCGAGAAGGGGACUUACCCCUGGCUUUGUCCAGCAGCGUGGAAGGGCCCCAGUCCCUGAGCUGUAGGACCAGGAGAGAGAGCCUGGAGUCUCUGGGGGGCAGGAUAUCCAGGCUGAGCCAGCUCAACACCGUGGAGACCCCAAGCAGCACGGACCCGGGGAAAGCCAGCUCCACGGGCAGCCGGGCUCCCGGACUAGCCCCUCCUGAACGGGUGGAGACCUCGGAGGAAAGCAUUCCCUGGCCCCUGGAGGGCUCUUCCAGAUGGAUCCAGGUCUCCUGGGAAAACUCCCUACCUUUCAGCAGCCCCUUGCUCGUGGAGGAGCUGGGCCCCAGCCAGCCACGCAGAGCUCUGGGUGCCGGUGCCAGCGGCACGAGAGCCUGGGCCGGAGAGUCCCAGCCUGUGAGCACGGCUCCGAGUCCGUCCGGGAGGAGACAAUCUGAGCAUGGGCACGUCUGGUCCCACAGCCCCUCUCACUCUGCACCCACAGUGGCCCGCGGCAGCCCUUCACUGGCCUCCAGAGGGGAGAAGAGCCCCCGGCUAAUAGCAUCCCCCUGCCCCGACCAAGGGCUGCCCCUGGAGAAGCUGGGACAUCAAGGCUCAGCUUUGCAAGGGUUUGGUGCCACAACACAGCUGGCUAGUAGCCCUGAAAGCGCCCAGACAUCCCUAGCUAUGGUUAGCGAUGGCUGCAUGGUGACGCAGGGUGGGGUUGGUCCAGGAGAUCCCAAGAGGGAAGCCCCAGAGCUGCUGCAACAGGGGUCGGUGAUUCCCCGGGGACCGUCUGGAAGGGGCGUCACUCGUGCUGCGGCUAGCGGAGGCGGGGAGGGAAUCUGGCGGAGCUGUGAGCUGCAGUCUGGCCCAGCGGAGAGGGGAGCUCGCGGCCUGACACUGUGUCCUCACCCAGGGGCAGGCGUCUCCGAGAGUCGUGAGAUGCAGAGCAGCCUGAACCCAGCUCGGGACGAGGGCUAUCCGGGGCCCUGCAACUACAAGCACGUGGCUGGCGUCCCCAUCACCAGUUUCGACACCGUCACCAUCGACAGUGACCUGGACUCAGUGAGGACGGAGACAGUCCAGGUUCACCUCUGCAGGGCCAUCAGCUGCCGGAAAGCUCCUGGCCGCAGCACCAAGGGGCCCUGCUACCCACGGAGAGACUCUUUGGGGUGCCUGGGCUCCAGCGGUGCAGUCACUGACGAAGAGGAAGAGGAGGAGGAAGAGGAAGAGUUCCUGUGGUCUCGUGGCAGCACUGAGCGGAGGAGCAGCAGCCCUGCGAGGUGGAGCUCAAUGCCAAGCAGGGCAGAGUCCAGCUGGGAGGACACCAGGAAGGAAGCCUGCAUGGAGCACAAGGAUCUGGGCGCUGAAGAGGAGAGGCUGUUGCAGAGGAAAUCCCAGCUGCAUGAGGCUGACUUGUCCCUGAGUGACAUCCUGGGUCAGAAAAAGCGUGCGGUCCAGGAACUGGAGUCGCUGGGUGGGGCCCUGGAGAGGAGCCAGAAGGGGGUGGAGACGCUGGAGUCCUGCCGGAAGGAGACUCGGAGCAAAGCAGAUGAAGCCAGGGCGGACAUGCUGCUGCUGCAAUACAGACGGGACUCGUGCCUGCAGGAGCUGCCGGAGCGGGAGAAGGCGCUGAGUCCGCUGAGACGGCGGCGCUCCACCCUGCACAGCACCCAGCUGGGGGCCUUCCAGGCCGAGAGUCAGGAGGCCGUGCUGCUGGGUUUCCAUGGCCAGGAAGCAGUGCUGCGGGACACAGGAGCCAGGCGAUCCCAUCCUCCGCUCAUUUCCCAGGUCUCCUCACUAGCGGCCGAGCGGGAGGAGCUGAAGGCCCACGUGCGUCACCUGGAGGGCAGCUUGUUCUCUGAGCAGCGGGCAGCCAGAGCCAGGAUCGAGGAGCUGCAGGAGUGCCUGGAGCAAGCUCAGAACAAGCUGGAGGAGAGGACGGCCGAGGGGAUGGAGCUGCAGGAGGAGACCACGCGACUGAGACUGCAGCUCAGGGAGCUGGAGAGGAAGCAGGCAGCAGCUCUGAGUGGGCAGAUCCGAGACCUCCGAGUGCGGGAGAGGGAGCAGGAGCUGAGACUCUUUGCUAUGGAGAAGAUCCUGUCGGAGAAGGAGCUAGAACUGGUGAGGCUGCGAGAGGUCGUCUGUGCCCUGAUGGCUGAGAAGGAAGUGCAGCAACGUGCUAUGGAGAACCUGAGAGAAGAACAUGACAGGCAGCUGGGGGAGAUGCAGCAGGAGAAGGAGCUGGAGUGGGCCCAGCAGAGGGAGGAGCUGCAACAUCUGAAGCAGCAGGAGCUCCAGGAGUUCGCAGAGAGUUUGGAGCAGGUGAAGGCCAGGGCCCUCCAGGAUCAAUCUGCCUCCUUCCAGAAGGAAGUGGAGAAUCUCACCAGGGUACUCGAGGCCCGAGAUGAAGAUAUUCGGAGGCAGCGGGAGGCCAUGCAGCGACAGAAGGAGUCUACAGAGCAGCUGGUCAGAGAGCUGAAGCAGGAAGCCAAGGAGACGGUUCAGAGUGCUCUGCUUCAAGAGCAAAAGAAGUGGGAAGCUGAGAAGAGGGAAGCGCUCCAGGUGCAGCGUGGGGCGCUGGAAGAGCAGAGCCAGAGAGCACACGCUGAGGCCCUGGACAAAGAGAGGAGGACGGCGUCCGUUUUGCAGAAUAAAACCCUGGAGUUCCAGAAGAGAAUUCAGGAGCUGGAGCUCCACAGCCGCUCGCUCCAGCGGGAGAAGCAGGAGGCCCUGGAAGAGCUGCGGACGUUGCUGCAGGAGGAGAAGACGGAGGCACUAAGGAGACUGAGCGAGGAGCUGGAGCAGGAGAGGGCUCAUGAGAGCGACCGGCUGCGAGCGAGGCUGCAGCAGCUGGAGGAGGAGCAGGGCCACUUGCGGGCUGAGCGGAACGAAAUAUCCUUCCGGGAGUGGGAGGCACAGUCCCAAGCAGAGCAGGCCGAGCGCUCCUUGGCCAGGGAGAUUGGCUUGGCAUGCCAACGCCUCCAGGACCUGCUUCCUGAGAGAGCCAGGGGGCAGAUGGCACAUGGGAGCCCAUCUGCCCUGUCGACCAGCCAUGCACUCCAGCUCCUGCAGGGAGUGAGCGAGGAGACCCAGCGCUACCUCGGAGCCUUGCAGCAGGAGCUGGAAGCUCAGAAACGCACCAUGCUUCACUUCCAGGAGGAGAAGGAGUGGGAGCUGAGGCAGCAGCGAGAGCAGCUUCACUUGGAGAGCAAGGAAGCCCUGGAGGCCCUGAAGGAGCGACUGAUCCAAGAGCACCUCCAGGAGAUCGCCAGCCUGCAGCGCAGCCAGCGGAAGGAGGCUGGGGGCGGGGAGCAGCAGACGCUGCGCCAGCAGCUGCGGGAGAAGGACAACGAGCUGCGGGCCAUCCAGAGGAGCAUGGCCCACUGGAAAGACCAGACCACCUGCAAGCUGGCCCGCAAGUUUGAGGAGGAGCUGAAUGCGGAGCUGGAGACGCGCUUCUCCUGGGACAGGCCCAGGAGCCUUCGCAGGAGUGUGGAGAGACUGGAUGCAGAAAUCGGGCGGCUUUCCACGGACCGGCACGAGCACACCCGUCUCUGCCCGACCACCUCCUCCUCCCUGUGCACUGCCCCCCAACUUGGGGGGCGCAGCUUUGUGUCCUCAAAGCUCCUGCGCCAACUGCAGGGCCGUGUGAGGGAGCUGCGAGCGGAGAACGCCCUCUACCGCGGGGGCAGCCUGGAUGACCUCGCUGCCCUGCGGGCAGAGCCAGGCCAGAUGGGCAGAGAAAAGGUCCCUGGGGCGAGCUACAGGAAGUAGCGCGUGCGCUGCUGGGGAACAUGAAGCUGAGCAGGUGGAAGAGUCAUCUUCUGUGGCCAGACCGUGGGCGGUGCAGGACUGGCUAUGGCAGGGUGGAGUCACUCUAGACAUCGAGGAUAUCCAGCGGCGCACUCGCUGCUCCCGGGAGUCAGGAAAGAAGCCCAUCACAUGAGCUUGAGAAGAACCCAGGAGGUUCUCCGCUGUCACAAACCCUUGGCUGCUCUUCAUGCUCCUGGGCUGUUUCCUGCUCGGUGAAGCCAAGGCCCUUGUUCCCUUCCGAGCAGACCCAUUCCAGUCCGUGACUGAAGACGGGAGUGAUCGGUUCAGAGAGGGGAUCUAGGGCAAUACCGGAGCCAUGCAGUGACUGUUCAGUGCUGGGGCCAGUCCAAAGAGCAAGUCCAGGCAAACACUGGAGCCCAAGUGGAAGAGUCUCCGCUGACGCAUCAAGGGGUUGGUGCUGCGGGCGCUGUGAGAGAAGGGGCGAGAGGGUCUCAUAGCCCCGGGGGUGCAUUGUGGAGUGAUGUCUUUUCUGCUAGCAGUGGGAAGGUGGAGGAGUGGGUGAGUGUGGGUGGCUCUGGCAGCUACAGGGCAAAGAGUGCCUGUUGUCAUGGCCGCUGGUAUUCGUACGUGUCUGAAGGAUGCCUUGGCAUCCUUUAAACCCUAUCCUGGCUCCUGUUCCAAGCAGGAAGUACUUUAUGCUAAGCUCUUUGGGGCAGGGACUGUGCCUUCCUCCGUGUUUGCACAAUGCAAGUGCUACCAGCAUAUGAAUAAUGGUGUUAACUCAGCAAUCUGUGGGAAAUUACCAAAACGAUGAUAAUCCCUAGGUUGUCAAUAGCACUUUUCAUCGGCAGAUCUCAAAGCUCUUUAAAAAAGAGGUCAGCUUCGUUAGCCUCAUUUUACAGAUGGGGAAACAGAGGUAUGGAAAGGUGCAGUGACCUGCCCAAGGUCACCCAGCAGGCCCAUGGCAGAGCCAGGAAUAGAACCCAGGUCCCCUGAGGGGGUCAGAUAUUCCAGAAGUACAUGCAUGCCCCUCCCAAGAGCAAGCCGAGCGGUCUGGGUACAGCGCUGGCUGGUUGGGCCGCAGCGUCUGAAGAUGGCUCAGGAUUCUGCAUCUUGUUUUCACUGCUGGUUGCUAGCUAUCUGGGUCCCCGCCUCGCCUCCAAGUAGCCUCAGAGCCGUCUUUGCAACGCCUCCUUGCAGCGCUUUGCCAGCUUUCAAAAUGCAGCUGGGGGCAGGUGUGUGUAAAAGUAGCCUAGAAGUCAGGUAUGAGGCCUGCAGCAGAGCCAGUCUCUGGGCAGCCUGAUGAGUGCAGCUGGCGUACAGCAGGCUGCCGGAUUGGCGGUAUCCCAAUUGGUGGGCAGAGGCUCAAAGCAUUUGCCCAUGGCUGUGAUAGCUCCUGUUCCUGCUUGUUUCCAAUCCUACUUGUGCCUUGCCUCAGUCCAGGUAAUCCAGCUCUGACCCGCAGCUCUAACUCCAGCUCUUCCCCGGGCUCCGAUUCUUGGCUACUGAAUUGUUCCAACCACUAGGCAUGACUGCCCAUCUCCGGGGCUCUGAGAUUGGGCAGAGGGUGAGUUCCCGGGGGGGUCAGCACUGAGAAAUGGGCCAGAUAAGCUCGUGCCGCUGCAGCUGCCUUUGUAGAUGUGCUGCUACCGUCUAGCUUCAGCAUCUUGUGUUUAAAUGCCGAUGGGGAUGCUAGAGGGGAUGCCUCAGAGCUUCAAUCUUUAAAAAGCCCAGUGUGUUAGUGUGAAAGGUAAGGCUUUGGCCUCCUCAGGGGGCCCACAGGAUUUGUGGCUUUGGAGCAUCUUGAAGACUAGCAGGCAGAGCACUCCCUACGCCUUGCAAGCCAUGGUUAACCCUCUAGUCCUAGCCCUGCUAUAUUGUGACAUUAAUGUACCGUACCAGCACAAUCAAGACAUCUGUACCUCUUAUUACGUGCGGGGUGUUCCAAUUUCUGUCCAUGCCCAUGGAACAGUAUAUUGCAACCACGGCUGUAGAUACUUUGUAUAUGUUUGUAUAUAAACACAAUACGGUAUGCUGGGGGCUCCUGGUUUUAUAUGUGGGGGGGAGAGGGGUUUUGGGGGGAGUGGGGUGGUAAUUUUGUAGGGAUAUGUUUUAAGAGACGCUUGUCAAGCAGGUCCCUCAGGGCAGUGUUUGAAGCCAGCAUAAAACUGCAGCAGCAGUGUGACCGUGGGGGAAAGAAAACAUAAAACAAGAGGACCCACAAAUACUAAAGCUGUGUGACACCUUUGGCCAGAAUAAAUCUUUUAUCCCGCACAAAA